CUGUAACGGGCGUUAACAAUUCAUCUUAAUAAUUCAGAGUGAGCCCCUCCCCUCUUACCUAUGCCUUGCCAAUCAAAGCAAAUAUUGAUUUCGCUUCCCCUGCUUUCAUCUUGAGAAACCGCGUCAAGAAAAACAGGAAGAAUGGAGAAAGAAAAACAUGGACAGGAAGAAAGACAAGAACCGAGCAACACGCUAUAUAAUGUGUUGGACACCAUAAUGAGAAUCGAGGAAAGCGGAACGUGGCGACUCCGUGUUCCAGGCGCAACUUCCGUCUUCUUUGAUAACACUAGCUCGCCUCGCUACAAUUGGUUGCUCCCUGGUUGUCUUGUUGAAGAACAAACCAUGCCGGAUGGCAAAAUUCACCUAACUUACUAUGAUCACCUUGGCAGGGUUUAUGCAAGCAAGUGUGAUUUACUUCGGGCAUGGGAGCAAGCUGGUGUGCAGAUCUUGGAUCCUAAAUUCGAUUCAUUGAACAAGAAGGAGAAAUGAUAAGGAGGUGGCCGAAAUUUUCAUAGGGUUUGAUGAAAAUCAUUUAAGUUCAACUGCAAGAGCAAAUUAUUGGUGAAAUAAUGGAUGAAAUAAAACAGCAAUUUGGUU